GAGCGAGGGAGAAGGAGUCCAGCGACGGACCAGGCCCGCCUUGCUCGUGCUGGCGGCGGGAUCCCAACGGAGUAACUCCCGUUAAUGUAACGGAGCUGGACUUGGACCUCGGUGAUUGAGAAAGAAAAUAUCUGAAGAUUUUAUGUGAACACUUAUUGCAAACUUUCUUAAUGGAAGAGAGCCAGGCUCCCAAACCAACAUUUCAGGAUGAACUGGAAUGGUGCAUCACUCAACUGGAGACUGGCCUUUUGCGUCUCAACCCAACUCCAAAACAAGCAGAGGAAACACAGCGUAUCCUUAGAGUAUUGCGCUCACGUAAAGCUCCCCUUGUGAAGAAACGGCAGAUGAUGAACCAUGUCUUUGGAGAUUACCGUCUCAAAAUGGCUGAAGAAAAUGAGAGAGCAGCAAAAGCAGCUGUGAGGCCUGAGAAGGUAGAAAUACACCAAGGAAAUGUUCUUCCUUUGGGCAGCGUGGUGUACAGGAAGCAAUCCAACUGCCCUUCUGCAGCGUCAACUUCAUUGCUUGCAUCAUCAGAUAAUAGCUUUCAAUUUAACUUUGUUCUACCUGAAAGAACCACAGAAGAAACUGAUAGAAUCACAGCAGAGGAACAUAGGUUGGAUGACUCCAGAGAACAGUCCACUGGUAAUGGUCCCUCUGGGAUUCUGGACUUCUCCACUGGAACUCAGAAGUCUGACUUUGCCUUCAACUUCAUCAUCCCAGAUGUUCCCUCACUUUCAGCUGUUGCCAUAGAUUCUGGCUUUGGAGCUGCAGCUGCAGCAGAAGCAGCUCCAGAGAUAGAUGUCCCAUCCAAGAAGGGAACGGUGACAGCAGAGAGAUCAGCCUUUUCAAAACCUGAUAGAACUGAUGUGACGGAUUGUGUAGGCAGACAAGGUGAAGAAUGUCCUAUACAAGAGGUACCGAGAUUGGAAGCAACCCAAGUAGCUCCAACAGAAGUUACAGAAGAGAAAUUGAUUGUGGCAGCUGGUGAACCAUCUAAGAGAAAAAAGAAAAAGAAGCCACCGCUGUCAAAAAUAGCGCACGUUGACAAAGGAAGUGGAGACAACAAGUCUUGUGGCCAAGGAACAUCUGAUCAAGCUGAGAUGUUACAGCCAGAUGAUCAAUUGAAGAGAGAGGUAGACUGGUGUGUGGAACAGCUGGAACUUGGCCUGAAGACUCAGAAAUCCACCCCCAAACAGAUGGAAGAGGCUCUCCGUGCCAUCAAAACGUUGCGCAGCAAAAAAGCAGUGUUGGCAAAGAAACGUCAAGUGAUGCGGAUCAUGUUCGGUGACUACAGAGCCAAAAUGGCAGAGGAAAGGCAGAAGCAGCUGAAGCUCUUGCAAGCAGCCUCAAAAGCAGCUCGCAUCGCAGAAGUGACUGAAGAGACCCAGAAGAAGAGAGGUCAGGCAUUCAGGAAGUCUGCAGAAGGAGCCAGAAGGGGCCAGAGCCUCCAAGAACCUUUCCUUCAACCCCACACUUCCUCAGUUUGUCUCAGAGCAGCUGACCCUUGCUGUUUUGCAUUCAGGCCAUCGCAAGAGGAAUUCCGCUUCAACUUUUUCUGAGCAACCAUUUUGGCUCCCAGGACAUUGAUUUUGAAAAGGUUUCUUUGGCAGGGGGAAAGAAAAGCAGCAACCGAGCAAAAACUGAAUGGCAAGCCUGGCCUGUAAAAAAGGGGAAAGUUGCAUGAUUGGAAAGCUCAAGAAGUUUGAGGAAGAGAGGCCAACCAAAUAUGGUGUUACAUGCCCAGUUUUGUUAAUGCAGUGGCAACUUUAUGCAUCAGAGGGAUACUUGAUUUGAUGAAUUUUUCUAUGCAAAUGCUUUCUUAAAUGAUGCAAAUGAUUUAGAGUUAGGAAGAUAGUAGCAAAUGUGCUCAUGCGCGCAUGCACACACACCGCAAGCAGAUGGUCGAUCAGGUAAGAGAGAUGCAUGAAUGUAGUCAGAAGUAUUAUGCAUUAUUGGAUGUUCUGUUCUCUAGACCCUUCAAACCCUUUAAGGAAAACCCGAAUGUAUACCCACAGCCACUCACGGGUGAUUGUCAGCUGAUCACAAGCAAUCACCAAGUUUGAGCUUUCUGCAUUUAGGCACAACUUGAUCUGGAAACCUCAUACGCAGAAACAGAUUUUCCUGGCAUGGAGAGAAUUAGGUCUUCUCCACUCAUUCCUGCAUACUGAUGUCCAAAAGCGCAGCCCAUCUAACUUGCACACAAUUUAGGCACCUUCACAAAAUCUGGAUAUCGCAAAGGAUUGUCUACUGUGAUUUACCAAGCUUCGUGGGAGCAAUCCCAUCUUGGCCACUGCACUUACUGUUUUGAAAUAACCAUCUCCAGUGCCAUUUCUUGGGAUGCAGAAGACCACCAGAGGUUUCCUCAACCUGAGUUAAGAGCAGGCAGUCUGUGCGAACUGCCUCUGAGCACGACUCCGCCUUUGGAAUCUUUGAGUCUCUGUGAUUUUCUCUCAGUAAGGGAGCAAAGAAAGCUUCUGAGCAGAUGAAGGUAUUGUUCCCAUUGGAUCAAAGUUCAAAUAAACAGAUCCAGGCUGUGCCUCUUGCAUUUUUCUUUGAAAACUCAUUUCAGAAGUAGUUUUAUAUUGGAAUCACACCCAGGAAGGCAUUUUGGCUGGAUUUGCAUAGACUAGGUUGAAGGAGUUGGAUGGUUUGUGAUUCCACAUGUUAUGUCAGAGCAUGCUGUGUGAACCAAAAGACUGUGUGAAGCCAGGUUAGGACCUGCUUGGUCCUAGCAUGUUCUAUAACCAAACGGUCAUGUUUUGUUAAUUUGCAAUCGGGUUAGCAUGUUAUAAGAAGUGGCAGAAACAGGAACCAGGUAUUGGUAAUGCUUUUAUUCUAAAAGGUUCCUCCACUCCACCCCUAAUUGUUAUAUCCUCAAGUUUCAGCCCUGAAAAUGGCCACUAUUGCAGUUUACAUCUCUUAAUGCUCUCCCUCUUUCAUACAGAGAGAAAGCAACAAAAAUAGAGAAACGGCUCAACCAUCUUCCCAAACCUGGUUAAGUUAAACUGGACUCCGUUUCAACCCACUUUCCCUGUUUUUUGUCUAUAGCUUACAAAAUUUAACAGACCUCCAGCUUGGGCAGUGUAUAAGAUUGGAGCAAAUUUGGUAAUUACAGAACUAAGCUAAGUAAGUCCCAUUUAUAUCAAUGAGUCUUGGAGCGAACAUACGUUCAAGUCAAGGGGUAGGUUGGAUGAAUCUAGCCAUUGUGAUUCAUAUUCCAUAGUUCGUGACUUAGCCUGAUGUGUGAACCCAACAACUAUAUAUAGAAAAUUGGCCUUUGGCUAGAUUCUUGUUGCUAUAUAGGAAAAGAGUUAUCAUUCUGAGGAUCAAAUAUCAGUUAAAGACACAAGAACAAGCCAGACUGGGUCAGUUGGCAGCCUUCAAAUAUAUACCUUCUGAAAUUUCCACUCCUAAAAAAACAGUUGGAGGAGCAACAUCUUUCUUAUUUUCUUUAUUAAUUUACCCCCAAGAGGCCCCCCAAAAUGACCU